GCUCGAAGUCAUGGUAGGAAAUAAUUGUAUUUUUACAGAAUCGACUUUCAUCUUCAGGAUUAAACAAGUGAACGUUCCGAAGACCCGCAGGACUUACUGCAAGAAGUGCAAGAAGCACCAACCCCAUAAAGUUACCCAGUACAAGAAGGGGAAGGACUCCCUCUACGCACAGGGUAAGAGGCGAUACGACCGAAAGCAGAGUGGGUAUGGUGGUCAAACGAAGCCCAUUUUCCGGAAAAAGGCUAAGACUACAAAGAAAAUUGUGUUGAGGCUUGAGUGUGUGGAGCCCAACUGUAGAUCCAAGAGAAUGCUGGCCAUCAAGAGAUGCAAGCACUUUGAGUUGGGUGGUGACAAAAAGAGAAAGGGCCAGGUCAUCCAAUUCUAAACUGUGGCCCAGUGUUCUGGGUAAAGUUGUGACAGUUUUCAAUAAAUUAAUUGCAACAUACUU